AUGGAAGAGUGGUCCGUGGACUUUAUCAACCUGCGCUGCCGGCAACUAUUUCAGGGAAAAGUGCAGUGCGAGUUAUCAGAGAGCAAGGGUCGGAUCUUGAGGGCCACGUGCUCCUUCAAGAGAGGAGACCUGCUUUUCGAGGAACCUCCGCUACACAUUGUGCAGGUGGAUGAGGGCAACGAGGCUUUCAAGUUGGUGAAGCGGAUCUGUGAGAAGCGUGAUGACGUGGCCUACAACCCGCUGUGGUACUGGGCAGCGUUUUCUUCGCUGACAGCAGACGAUCUAAGAACACCUCCCAAGGUGGGGUGUCUGAAACCAGUGUCGAGAGACCAACAAAAGCAACUCCUCUGCCUUUAUCAUGAGCCUGUCUCUGAAGCAAGCGCCACCGUGGAGAGCAUGGUGACAGAGUUGGGACUGGCGGUGUCCCCGGUGAAGGUGGAGGAGCUCCUAAGGCUUUGGAUUUUGAAUUGCUUUGAGCAUUCUGAGACCCCCGAGGGCUACUCCGCCUACUUUGUCUCUUCCUUCAUGUCACAUUCUUGCAAGCCAAAUGCCAUUUGGCACGAGGGCGCUGAUGCGCUUCACGUAGUUCGAGCCCGCAUGGACAUUUCCGAGGGUGACGAGGUUUGCAUCUCGUAUCUUGCGGAGGACGUACUGAUGUUCAGUGCAUCUCACCGGAAGAGAGCUCUCAAGAAAACGAAGCUUUUUCUGUGCACUUGUGAGCGCUGUGAUGAGCGAGCGGCCUCGGGUACAGAUCCGGUUGACCUGUGCCGUGGAUUCCGCUGCCCGCAUUGUGGGAGCCAUAUUUUCCCUCCGUUGAACGGGGCCGUCCGUGCAGAGGACCUUGCUGGGAUGUGCUGCUCUACGUGCUCCCGGGCCGUCGGAGAGCAUGCUGCUGGCUUGCUGGACACGGAGAAGCAACUGCGACUGCGGUUGCAGCUGCUGGACCAGGCUUGUGGCACCAAGCCGGUGGAAGAGCUCAUCACGGAAGCGGAUGCAAGGCAGCUGGAAGAAGUAGCCGGGGACCAGGCCUCUUCCGCCCUGGGGCCGCAGCAUUGGCUCUGCGAGCGCCUGGGCACCUACAUGGUUCCCUGGUACGACUCGCAAGGCCAGAUGGAUGAGGCACUGAAAUGGAUGGAGCGUCGCCUUCGUUGUCAGCGACACAUGUUUCCGUGGCCGAACGCAUGCCGUGCUUGGACAAUGCAGAAAUGCUCUCGUUUGCUGAUUCGCAGAUCCAAGUCGAUGUGUGACCGGCAGCAUCCUGGCAAAAGGGAUGAUUCGAUGCAGCGCCGCCUGCUGGCCCGGGCGGCCUUCCUUCAAGAGGAAGCCCUGCAGAAUCUGCGGGUGCUCUUCGGGGAGUCACACAGGUACACCGUGCGAGCUCGCAAAAAGCUCAGGCGCAUCUCUUCGCAAGCGAAUGCAAGCCAUGAGACUGACGAGCCCUUCGAUUUCGAAGUGGCCGAGAUCUUGAAUGCCGAGUCAGCAGAGACCCGACAGCGCUGGCGGAACAUAGCCGGACGGAUCGCGCCCUAUCCCACUGAGGUCAUUGACGGAGAGGAGGUCAUCGCAGACUUCUACGGUGGAGAAACUCAGCACGGCUUGGAACUGCGGCUCCACUCAGGAGGCUCCGUUGCCUGGGGUGGGCUCUUCGCUGCCUUCCCUUUGGGCUCGGUCCACCAGCGAAGUGAGAGAAGAGCCCUCGACCUGGUCCAUCGGUCGCUGGCCCGCUUCUUCAAGCAAUGGCCUGGUGGCAAGCAGGGAAACAGUUUCCCUCACGUUUUCUCAGCAGCUGCGCGGGUCGGAUGGAGAACGGAAGCAGGGAGCUUGUUGCAGGAUUGGGAGGCAUAUCUCACCAACACGUCGGAUCCGAAAUGUCGCCUGUACGGUAACGGCAUGGUGCUGGGUUGCGGCGGCACGGGCCUGGAAAAUGUCGGUGGCGCAGCCUUUGCCACGGAGCUACUUCUGCAAAUGCCUGAAGGCGUGCUUCAGGUUUUCCCGUCCUUGCCACUUGGCAUGGCGGCUUCUUUCCACCUCCGCGCUCCGGGGCCUGUAAUGAUAAGGGCAAGUCGGACGGCGUCGGGAUUUGUGACCGAGUUCAAAAUGCAUCUUCCUAUGCUCGAAGCGGAGCUAGACAUGGGUCCUACGGUGGUGCGAACGGACUUCCUGGUGCAAUCGCCAUGGCCAGAUUCAGACAUUCUGGUGGAUGGUCAGGUUGCGCAAGUCCGCGGUGGCAUCUUCCACGUUGGCCUUAGUGAAGGGCGACUCCACGAGAUCACCCCACGGAAUCCGGGGGAUGUAGCUGUUAGUUCAGGGCUGGUCGAAGACCACACUCGGAGAGGCAGCUUUGGUCUUGCGAUGCUACCAGCAAGUGCGGCCUCCAAGACCCGGGAUGCUGCUGUGCCAGACCAGAUCAGCUCGCCCUUGAUGGUUUUCCCGGCUGAUGAGACGCCUCAUUCACCGAUGGAGCUUCUGGAGUCAGACAGCGUGACGGAGUCAAAGCAUCUGGGCCCGAUGAGCCCGGUGUCUGUCAGCACGGAAGCUGUGUCACCGGAUGCACCGAGCUCCGCUGAUACCAUCGACAGGUCUUACAGGUGCUGUUCUCCCUCGCGGCUUCCAGUUCCCUGGCUGGAUGCCGAGGUGCUCGAGCGUGCUGCGACAUUUGCCCAUUUACCCGUUCCUCGAGAGAGGAGCGGUACCGGAGGCGUUGGUUCCCCUUCUGACGAGUUUCCGACUGUGCUGGGGCGGGUGUCUGCUGUUCGCGAGACCUCGAAAUCAUCUAGCAAAAGUGUGGCAAUGCCGUAUAAUUUCGCACCAAGCUCACCACAUUCCAUCCUAUCAGUGCCGGCUCCGUCCUACAUGGCUCGGGCAUGGCGAAGAGAACAAGGCGGUGGUUGUGAGGCUGCAAUUUCUAAUGCCUCGGGUGAAACACCCUUCGGCGUCCGGAAGUGGAGCAUCGGAGUCAGGACCUUGCUGCAGUUGGGCGACAGUCACUUCGCAGACUGGCUGUCGUUCUUGGCCCUGACUACCAUGGUGCUUGUCGUCACGGCGCUUUACGCCGUGGUCAUGGCGCCAAGGGACCACGAGGCAACAAUUGAGUGGCGCCGGGAGAAUCCAUCAGUGCACGUGGACAAGCUUGGCUGCGAUGCGGUCGACCACAUCGGCUUUUACCUGAUCUUGUGCGUUGCAACAUUUGCAGGUGUUGCAGCUUGCCUCAUGUUUCGCAAUGCUGGUGGUUCGGUGCACAUCCUGUCGGCUUCAGGCCUGGCUCUGCUGAGUUGGUUUCAGGGCCUGGUGGCGACGGUUCUACCCGCUCACGAGCGAGCCAAGAGCGGUUGCGCCUACGGGACGAUGCAGAAAAUCUUUGCACCACAGGAGCUAAGCAGCUACGACAGGGCAGAUUACUACAAGGAUUAUUACGGAGUGAUCAUCGUUCGCACUCUCUUGUUCCUGGCCACCUUGAUUUGGAUGCAGCACCUCAUGGUCUGGCGAGUGCUGGCGGUGGAGGCCACAUCGCGGCGCUUCUUCGGUGGAAGGUGCCUUGCCGUCGGCAUAGCCGUGCAGAAGAUUGCGGCAACGGUUGCUCUUGCCGUGAGCAUCUGGACCUAUACAUCAAUUGGCGGAUCUCAGACAAGCUCAGAGGAACCAUUUGGUGCGGAGGUUGCGGAAAGCGCGAUUACUGCGCAUGUCAAGUUUUGGAACAAUUGCAUGGAGUGUGAGCCUUACACCGGCCUCAUGGCGCUUCAGCUCAGCCUUGGGGGCAUGAACUUCCUUCUCUUCGUGGCCACCGGCGUCACGGUCAUCAUCAUCAUGUCGGUGAUCCUUUGGGACCUUGGCCAGGCUGUGCGCGUCACCAACGAUUUCACUGCGACGCACCCUCGAGCGAGGCGUGCUGGUCAACAGCUGCGGCGGGCACGGGCCGUGGUCCGAUGGCAGCUCUUCGGUGUCAUACUCCAUCUGGUGGCAAGCUCCGCCCUGCUCCCCGUCGCUUUGGAGAAGCUCUUGGACGGUCGGGGCUACCGAAGUGAGCCGGACUUGGCCAUCAGCUGUUCCUUCCAGGCCUUGGAAUUGCUUACGUGCGUGUCUGCGGCCCUCAUCCUGUCCGGUGGCUACCGACGACCCAUCCGGCACCGGUCCCGCGCAGAUCAGCCGUGCAGCUGGCAGUUUGCCACCGCAGACUCGGCCGACUCCACGUCAAAGUGCCCAGGCUUGCGCCGUGAGAAGACCGACAGCCGAGAGCUCGGCUUCGAGCGCUCGUCGACGGCCUGGAACAUGAAGGUGGCGGAGAUCGCUGGGCGUGGCAUCACAGUGAAAGAGUUACUGGGAUUCUACAGAACUUUGCGGGAUGUGAUGCCACACUACAAAGCAACCGUGCAUACCACCGGUGAUGUUGUGCGCCACGCCAUUAUUCCCAUGACGAAAGAGUCUCGCAGCUCGUAUGUGCAGGCUUUUGAGGGUGCUGGAAGAAGUGGUCGGCCCCAAAAGAUGGUGACGUAUUACCACAUAGAGGGUACAGAGAAGAAGGAUCCGGCUGUGACUGCUCCCGGCGGCAGUGAUCUGGACAAGGUUGGCUUUGAUGCAAAGCGCUACUUUGACGGUCUGGUUUCUUCCGGGCAGCUGCCUGAGCUCGUCAAGCGCGCCAACGAGCUGGACGCUGAGAUCAAGGAUCUGGAUGGCGAUAUGCAGAUGCUGGUUUACGAGAACUACAGCAAGUUCAUCCGAGCGACAGAUGUAAUCAAGCAGAUGAAGUUCACGAUAGAAGGGCUGGACCCUGACUUAAAAGUGCUUGAGGGCAACGUCUCCAGGAUAACAGAACACCAGAAGAAGGUUGAAGAUGGGACAUCAGGCAGAGCUGGCCGGAUCGAGGACCUGCUGAAGCAGCAGCGCGUGUGUCGCAAGCUGCAGGUGCUCUUUGAACUUCCUGCAACACUCCAGAAGUGCCUCGAUCGAAAGGCCUAUGGAGAAGCAGUGGAGGCAUAUUGCUGCUGUUCAGGCUUCCUUCGUCAAUACAGGCACAUGCCCACCUUUCAGAAGGUCCUGGAGGAGGUGGAACUUCAGAUGGGUCGCAUCCGCGUGGCCCUGGAAGACCGCUUGCGUUCUCCAGAGCUCUCUGUUGAGGAAGCCGUCAACAGCUCUGUAACGCUCUUGGAUCUUGGGGAGGACCAGGUCAAAGUUUCCAGCGAAUAUCUCACUGGAAGGACGGGUGCUCUUCGAAGCCGCCUGGCGGCUUGCUUCGAUCCACUGGAAGAUGCUCCAGGACCUGAACCUGGCGAUGAAGAGCUCUCCAAGGAUCAGGAGGAGCUCCGACGACCUGAAAGCUUGGCCUUGCACGGUGCGUGCAGGCGAGCUACAGAGACCUACGUUCCGAUGCUUUGCGAUGCUGUCGAGGGUUUUCAGAAGUUGCUUGAGGUUCGCUCCGGAUCUGGAUCUGCAGUUGACGAGAACGUGCUUCCGGAAUUCGUGAGUGCCAGAAUUGAAGAUCUGUGCGACCGUAUCACGCAGCUGGUGGACAAAAAAUGUCCACCUACGCGGGUGCUCGUUUCGUGCAUCCAUUCUGUCCGAGAUUCCUUGAGGCGACUACAUUCGCUCCUGCCAGCUUUGCUUACACGGCUCUUCCGAGCAUUCCUUGGCCGGACGGCCAUGGAUGCUAUGAAGGCGCUGUUUGCAACAGCCUGCUCAGCUAUGCUGACAGAGAUGUGUAAGCUGCACCAGGAAUGCAAGAAGCUGGGCGAGUCCAGCAGUUCGGGCUUGGACGACGUGUUGGAAGAGAUCGCGAAGACGGAGCAGUCCGUAAUCAUGCAUGGGUUCACGGCCUUGACGGAGUGCCAACCACUGCAGAGCCUCCUUGGUCCCGACAAGGUGGCUGGCCAGCAACUCAUCAGGGGACUCCACUCACAGCUUACGACUUUCUUUACGACCUUCACGGAAGUCUGCCGCACAUACGGAGCCACCUUGCAGAACUACAACAACGAGCUCGUGAAGUCUAUCGAAGAUCUCCGUGAGAAACGUGAGGAGCUGAACCGCCAGAUCCUGAAGGAGGAGGAAGACAAGGCGAAGAUCCAGAAAGAGCUGUCCAUCCUCACAGAUCGGCUGCAGAAGGUGAACGAGAGCUUGGUUCGCAAGACCCAGGCCCGCAACGAGUACGACAAGACGAUCCAGGAGACGGAAGCCGCUUACAUGAAGAUCCUCGAGUCCUCUCAGACCCUGCUUCACGUCCUCAAGCGCGAGACGGUGAACCUGACCAAGACGAAGGGAGGAGGAAAAUGGGAGAGCUCUCUUGCCUUGCAGAUGCAGUUGACAUGCACCGGGUACAUGGCAGCUUGUGAGGUGGGGAGCGACGUCGGCGAAGCUCUGCUGCCGUUGCCAAUGGCGAAAGAGAUGAAGCAGGUGGCUGAUCUCGAAUGGUGUGGUUUGUUUGCAUUGGCUUUGGUGCGGGUGGGCCGGCACCUGGAGGUCAAGGCCAUCAACAAGGUCUGGGGCGUUGCAAAGGACCUUUUCGAGGGUGCGGAGGCUGCAGCAGCUGAGCUCCAGCCAAAUGCAGUGGUUCUGAAGUCGACACGGGGCGCGGCUCAAGCAGUCAUCACACAGUAUGCAACCAUGAGUGGGCAACGGCUGGCCCACUUCUUCCGAAAUUCUGUGCAGAGUCGCAACUGGAUGACGGUGCGGGAGCCACAAGAGCCACGCAAGGUCGUGGAGAUGGUGCUUCGAGAG